UACAAUACGGAUAUGAGCUUAAUGCAAAGUUCUGGAAUCACCAUAUUUCAAAGGAUACUGUUGAGAGAGGGUUUUUUGUUCGUGAAUUAAAUAGAGGAAAUAUGACAGGUGUAACAGGCGAUUUUGAAGGUUUGGAAAACUUUAAUUUGGAAGACCUCCAUGAAUUGCGACAUGAAGAAAAGGAAGAAGUUAAAAAACAGAUUGAAGCCAUAUAUAUUGAGGCAACCUCUUUGGAGAAAAAAGCCAGAGAAUUGGCAUGUGAUACAAAUUCAAAACAGUAUAUUCUUCGCCACGCACAAACCUUAACAGAAAAAGCAAAUGAGAUGAAAGAAAAGAUAUGCUUAGCAUCAGGGAAAUCAUUCCAAACACCUGAUGAACUACAAAUUGCUAUAAAGCAAUCCAUAGCUUCAAACGAGGAACAAACAUUAAUAGUUGAGAGACUUAAGAGGAACUGUUCAUCCCAUGGCUUAGAAUACAGAGGUCAAACACCAGGGAAUGGGAAUUGUUUUUUUGAAGCAAUCACAUGCCAGCUAGAUAGAAUUGGCGCAUACUUUAUUGCUCCCGAACAAUUAAGAACAAAUGUUGUAAACUACAUAUCAACACAUCCUAGUUUUGAGGGCAGUCAAGGCAUUGUGUUAUUAGAAAACUUCGUUGAAGACAAUUUUCCGGACUACUGUGACAGGAUGUUACAGAAUGGAGAGUACGCAGACCAUGUUGUGGUCAUUGGAAUGUCCAGAAUGCUACAGAGAGACAUAGUUAUUGUCACCAGUGCUCCCAGUACCAAUAAUGAGGAUAGUGUCCUUUGGGUAACUGGUUGUGAUGGUUUUUCCGGUAAUCCUAUUCUUCUUGGGCACAUUUUCGAAAACCACUACCAGUCACUCCAGCCAAAAGGGCAGUCAAGGCAUUGUGUUAUUAGAAAACUUCGUUGAAGACAAUUUUCCGGACUACUGUGACAGGAUGUUACAGAAUGGAGAGUACGCAGACCAUGUUGUGGUCAUUGGAAUGUCCAGAAUGCUACAGAGAGACAUAGUUAUUGUCACCAGUGCUCCCAGUACCAAUAAUGAGGAUAGUGUCCUUUGGGUAACUGGUUGUGAUGGUUUUUCCGGUAAUCCUAUUCUUCUUGGGCACAUUUUCGAAAACCACUACCAGUCACUCCAGCCAAAAGGUA